AUGACUUUCUUUGGUAAUGGACUUGGUGCUAAUUGUGGUGCAUUCACGUUCUGAAUUAACGUUAAGUCAUUGCUGAUUUGCUAAAAUAAAUAAAUUUAAGUAACAUCCAAACAUGUAUUAUUAACUUCUAACGCUUAAAUACCUUUGUAAGAACAUUAUACUUUGAAGUAACAGCACUUUGCAUACUGUUCAAUUUUUCCUGUGCCUUUCCAGUGAUGCUACUAAUUCUUGCAGUUGCAUCAUUAAACAAUCGAUGUUUAUUUAUCUCGUUGCUCACUACUUUAAUUAACGAUCGAAAUUUCUCUGCCAUUGUAUACUGUUCAUAUUUUUGCAUAAGUUGUAUAAAAAUUUACAAUGUGGAAAUUAAUGAUUUUACCUCAGCAUUACUUAUCAUUAUACUCGUAUUCAUUCGUACGUUUUUAAUAUUACAGAAAUGCAAAUUGCAUGUAAUCUUUGGAAAAAUUUAUUAACAGAAGAAGCUUUAAAAAGAAAAAAAUAAUUGUCAAGUUUUUAUAAAUACAAAGUUGCUAAUUAAUUUACAGAUGAAAUAACAAAAUAUGUAUACGAAGAAAUCUUAUAUUACAUCUGUGUAUGAAAUUUAAUAUUUGAAAAAUUUCAAAAAUUAUUUGUUAUAAUUUCAUAAUGUUAUUUGUAAUUUUUGUAGUUUAAAUAUCUUAAAAAAUAUUGAAAUGUUUGGUUACACGACCUCGUAAAGAAUCUUAGUUUAAGGCCUGUUUAAGGCACGUUUUUGGAGGUUAGUCGACGUUCGGAAAAUACACUUAAUUCUUGAUGAUUAUUUAUUUAAUAGAAUUGCAAUAAUUUACUAUAGUUCUAUUAUUAUAUGAAACACAGUUAAAUAACAUAAAUGUAAAACCACGAUUAUACAAUAUGAAUGAAAAUAAAUAUAUUUUGCACAUUUAACAAUUAAUCUUGUAUUUUUCAGUUUUUUUUCAAUUUUAAUAUUCCAUGCUCUUUUUCUAAGGAGCUUAAAUAUUAAUAACAAAUACGUGUAGCAGAUUCUAUAAUGAAAAGAAGCAUACGGCAAAUAUCCAAAGCACACAAAAUAAUUAUCUCUUCAAGUGAUUCUGAGAAUGAAUCCGAAGAUGAAAAUUACAUUCCCAUCAAAGCACCAAAGAAAAAGAUAAGUACAAAUGGCAAUAAGAGAAAAGCUAGUACCCUUUCAUUACCCAAAAACAAUAAACGAACAGCAACACAACUUAAAGAGGAAAUAAUAAAAGCAGAACCUAUAUAUGGUACGAAUGAUUUGGUAGAUUUAAAAAAGAAGACACAGAGUAAGAGUAAGAGAGUGAAAAAGGAAGAAGUACAAAAAAACUCUGAUGCAAAAGAUGUUAAACAAAUGUUAAAGGAUAUAUCUUUAAAUUCUGCAGAAUUUAAAGAAUGGACUAUUGAAGACUAUGUGAGCGAAAUCAACAAUGUUGAGAAGCCUAUAGUAGAAAAUGUUACAAAGCUUUUCAACAAUGACAAUACAAUUCCGUUUAUCGCAAGGUAUAGGAGGAACAUGACCGGUGGGAUGGAUCCAGAUAAGCUGAGAGCAUUGAAAGAGAGUCUUGAUCGUGCCAAAGUGAUUAAACAACGUGCCAGUACUAUAUUGAGAUCUAUUGAUAAAUUAGGGCAAUGGUCUCCUGCUGUACAUUCUGUCAUUAUAUCUGCCAAAUCUCUAGAUGACUUAGAACACAUAUAUUCUCUUUUCAAGCCAGCAUCUAAACGAACUUUGGCAGAAAGAGCAAAAGAUCUAGGUUUAGGUCCUGUAAGUGAUCUUGUGUUACAGGGUCAGACACUCCCUUCAUUGUCUUCUCUUAUUGAUCCUAACAAAGAUGGAUUAAAAACUGAGCGGCAGAUUGUAGAUGGAAUUGUACACAUUAUAGCAGAUGUUAUAAAUAAGAAUAAAAUUGUAUUUGAUAAAGUCAAAGAGCUUCAAACAGGAUGUUCUAUAAAUAUCCAGACUGUAGAAUGUAAAGCCAAUAGUAAAUCCAAUAGUAAAUCCAAUAAUAUAUCAGAGAGCAAAGAGAAGGACUUGCAUAGGAAGUAUGAAACGUACUAUAAUUUUAAUACAAAUACGAAAUACAUCAAACCUCAUCAGAUACUAGCUAUCAAUCGUGGGGAAGCACAAAAGAUUCUUAGUGUGAAAAUGAUACUUCCUGAUUUUUUUGAAAAAGCAUUUAAAGCAUGUUGCUACAAACUGUAUAAUUCAGCCAUUGCAGCGUCUAAAUUACAUUCUAAAUUAUUAAAUGAGGGCAUUGAUUAUGCUUAUACAAAAUUUAUCAAGCCCUUGGUAAUACGUAGACUGAAAAGCGAACUAAAGCAAAAAGCGGAAACAGCAUCGAUUGAAGUUUUCGUAACUAACGUGAAACAGUUGCUUCUCACUGCACCUCUGCGAGGGAAAAUCAUACUCGGCAUAGAUCCAGGAUUUUCACAUGGUUGUAAAUUAGCGAUAAUUUCCGAGCAGGGGGACGUACUUGAAACAGGCGUGAUUUAUCCACAUAGAAACUCACAGAAGUUUCACAAUGAAUCUGCCGAUAUUUUGGUGAAUUUGGUGACCAAGUACAAGGCCACGAUUUUGGCAUUAGGUAAUGCUACAGCUUGCAGAGAGACUGAAAUGUUUUUAAACAAGUUAAUUAAGUCGAAUGCAUUUGGCCCGAUCGAAGUUUCGUACACGAUUGUCGACGAAGCCGGAGCAUCGAUUUACAGUUGUAGCUCGGAAGCAAAAUCUGAAUUCCAGGAUCUCGACGCGAACUUAAUCUCUGCCAUUUCAAUAGCAAGACGUCUACAAGAUCCACUUGCUGAAUUAGUAAAAAUAGAGCCUAAACAUUUAGGUGUGGGAAUGUAUCAGCAUGAUCUGCCAGAGAAACAGUUGUUAACAGCAUUAAACGAGGCUGUUUCAGAGGUUGUGAGCUUUGUAGGUGUAGAUGUGAACACUGCGUCCCAGUGCCUUUUGAAAAGGAUUGCUGGCUUGAACGUAUCCAGAGCAAAUAAUAUUAUAGAAUGGAGAUCUGAAUUUGGACCGUUUAAAAAUAGACAACAACUGUUGGACGUGAAGGGAAUUGGGAACAAAGUAUUCGAACAAUGUGCUGGCUUCAUUAGGAUAUUGCCAGAGACUUCAAUGAAUGAUAAUACCGAGAAACGUAAAUCUGUUAAGAAGUCUAAGCAAACGUACAGUUUAUUGGAUCAAACUUGGAUUCAUCCUGAAUCAUACAAAAUAGCCGAAAGUUUCUUAAAGCAUUGUAAUUGCAAUUUGGAAAAUCUCGGAACUACAGAAUUCAUUCAGAAAGUAAAAUCGUGUGCUGAGGAAGGAUUCGAUAGUUUGGCCCGAAAGUUUGGCACAAAUGAGGCGACCAUGGAGGUGAUAGUUAAGGGUUUAUCUAUGAAGAAGAACGAGGAUAUACGGUUAGAGUCUCGUGCUCCGCUUUUUCGAAAGAGUUUGCUCAGUAUUAAUAACUUAAGCGCGGGGAUGUCAGUAACAGGCGCGAUAAGAAAUAUCACCCAUUUUGGAGCGUUUGUGGACAUAGGAGCGGGUAAAGAUGGACUUAUACCAACGAAAUGGUUAAAAGAUUCAUCAGUUUCUAUAGGUCAGCGUGUAGAGGUGAAAGUACUUUCAGUAGAUGUGGAACGUGGUAGAAUCAGUUUAGAAUUAAUCAACACCUUAUAAUAUUAAUAAAGUGUCUAUUCAGUUAUCACAAAUGUCAAAAUAAAUUCUGAUCUUUUUACACACAGCGGACAUCUAUACCUGAGAUUUUAAUUCUAAUUUUAUAUUAAUAAUGAAAUUUUUAAUAGUAUAAUAUAUAGAAACGAAAGGUUUGCACAGGAUAUUUUUAAAAAUCUGCCAGUUUUGAUCAUUUUAUUAUAUUAUAUAAAUAUAAAAAUAUAAUCAC